AUGGACAAGGCGGAGAUUGGGAAGAUCGAUCCAUACGUGGUAUUGGGCAUACGUGCAGAUGCUGACGCCAGGAGUGUGAAGAAGGCGUACCAUAAGCUCUGUUUGCAAUACCACCCUGAUAAGAAUGAAGGGUUCAGGCAAGAGUUUGAUCGUGUGCAGCUUGCCUAUAUGGUUUUGAGCGACGAGAAGAAGAGGAAAAGGUACGAUAAGACAGGGGUGCUAUCGGUUGAUGAUAGUGGCGAUUUUGACUGGGAGGCGUACUUUGAAGGGGAGUUCAAUGAGGUGACCAAGGAGAUGAUUGAGAAGGACAGGAAGGAGUACCAAGGUAGUGAGGAGGAGCGGGACGAUAUAAGGAAGGAGCUCAUCGAAGCCCAUGGGAACAUGGAGAGGCUCUUUGAGAGCGUCAUCCAUUUAGAGUUCAGCAAGGACGAGGAGGAUAGGGUGUACAAGAUAUGCGAGGAACUGGUGAAGGAGAUCGACCACCAUGCUAUUCCGCAGUGGGAGAAGUACGUGAAGGAGAGGAAGAAAAGGGUGCUGAAGCUGGAGAGGCGGAGAAAGCGGGAGGCUAGAGAUGCCAGUGAAUCUGCAAAUGACAUUGGCGACAUGGGGCAGUUGCAGAUGAUGAUUGCAGGUAAUGCGAGGAGAAGGAAGUCACAGUUUGACGAUAUACUGGACAAGUACAGCCAACCGCAAAAGAAGGUCAAGAAGAAGAAAACUUGA